AUGCAUAUUUGCAAAUCACUGCUCUCUGCUCUACUCCUCGGCGCGGGUGUACUCGGUGCACCCACCGAACUAGUCCGCCGCACAAGUCGAACCAGCGCGCCUUCUGGUUGUUUGACGGUCGGGUCAAGUGCAAAAUACACCACCAUCGGUGCUGCACUCACUGCCCUCGGCUCCUCUUCGGAGGCGGCUUGUAUCUAUGUUGCGAGUGGCACAUACAAAGAGCAGAUUGUCAUCAACUAUGCGGGCAAGCUGACCAUUUAUGGCCAAACAGCUGAUACCGGCUCAUACAAGGAUAAUACCGUCACCAUCACACAUACUAUCUCUUCGCCGGAGGCUGGAUCUUUGGAUAAGAGUGCUACUGUUAAUGUGGUUUCCGAUGGAUUUAAGAUGUACAACAUCAAUGUUGUCAACGGUUACGGAAAGGGGGUACAGGCUGUUGCACUUGUUGCCAAUGCCGACAAACUCGGCUUCUACGGAUGUCAGUUCUCCGGAUACCAGGAUACUCUAUACGCCAAGGCAGGAACUCAGUACUAUUCCAACUGCAUGAUGGAGGGAGCCGUUGACUACAUCUUCGGCGACGCCUCUGCUUGGUUUGGCGAGUGUGAUAUUGUCUCCAACGGCCCUGGCGCCAUCACCGCCACCUCACGCAAAGAAAGCACCGACACAGCCUGGUAUGCUAUCGACAACUGCAAUGUCAAAGCUGCAUCUGGGUUGAGCAUUGAUGGACAAGUUUAUCUCGGUCGUCCGUGGCGCGUUCUAUCGCGUGUGAUCUACCAAAACUCCAAGCUGGGUAGUCUGAUCAAUGCCAAGGGCUGGACGACUAUGGCAGAUGGAGCUACCCCUUUCUAUUAUGAGUAUAAUAACUCAGGGAAUGGGUCGGAUACUUCCAAGCGCGAGUAUUUGACGCCCAUCUCGGCUGGAGUGACCAAGAAGACUGUUCUUGGGAGUGACUACGGUGAUUGGAUUGACUCGAGCUAUUAG